UAUCAUAUGUCUCUUUAUUGUUUGCCAUUCAGAAAAGCUAGUAGUGUGGAUCUAUGCUAUAAUCAUAACCAUAAAAUCUUAUCUAUAAAAUAAUUCUCAAAAACCACACCCAAACUAUCACGAGUACAAAGGUUGUUGUCGUGAAAUAUAAAAGUAUAUGUAUAAAAGAUUUCCUUAACAUGGGUGAGACUGAGAUCCCUAGGCAUGAAAAUUCUGAAAAUUCAUAGUCUGCAGAUUUUAAUUGUACCUCUGGACUGGAAUUAUCUUUUGUUUCAUCAAUGAUUAGGAUCAUUCCUAAUCCUGUCCCAGAAGUGUUUUCUCUGAGGAGCAGGCUGGAGAGUCUGUGACCUCUGUGAAGUCGACAUAAUCACCAUGAAUUCCAGACAGCCGAUUCAUCUACCACGCAGACUAACUUUUAUUCAUGAAGGUCCUCCUAAACGAUACCGUCUACAUACAGAGAGAAACACGCUUGAUGAAUAUGGAAAAGUCCGAAAAUGGACAUAUGGGAUAAAACAGCCCAGUAAAACAAACAAAAUCAUUCUGCUGGUGGGAGAGACUGGUGUUGGAAAGACGACUCUCAUCAACACCAUGGUCAACUACUUAAUGGGAGUGAAGUUUAAAGAUGAAAUAUGGUACGAAAUCACAGAAGAGCAAAGCAGAGAUCAGUCAGAAUCACAAACCUCUGAAAUCACCAUGUAUGAGGUUUGUCCUUCGAAGAGUCCCAUGUCUCUCACUAUCAUUGAUACUCCAGGCUACGGAGACACUAGAGGACUGGACAAAGAUCUGGAAGUCGCUGAGAACUUAGCCACUCUGUUUCAGAGCAAUGAUGGAGUUCGUGAAGUCGACGCUGUCUGCUUCGUGACUCAAGCGUCUAAGAAUCGUCUCUCAGAUCGACAGCAUUAUAUUAUCAGUUCAAUUCUGUCUUUGUUUGGGAAAGACAUUGUUGAAAACAUUGUGUUUUUAAUCACACACUCUGAUGGUAUGGCUCCCAUAAACGUCAUCGGAGCCAUUAAUAAAGCUAAAAUCCCCUGCAGACGAGAUGAAAGUGGCCAACCUGUUUAUUUUGUAUUCAACAAUCGACAGGCUGAUGAACGCCACACCAAAGAACGUCUUAUUCGAGCUCAAAGAGACGCCUGGGAAGAUAGCAUGGAAGAGACAAAUAAAUUAUUUCAGUCUCUGGAUGAAAAGAACAGGAGAAGUUUAGAGUUGACUUCAGAUGUCCUGAUCGAGCGCAUUCGAUUUGAAGCAUACAUCUGCAACUUACGGCUGCGAGUUCAAGAAAAAGAGCAGAAAAAGGCUGAAAAACUUCAGAUUCAGGAGGCAAUAAUGCUAAACAAGGAAAAGAUAGAAAAGUCUAAAAACUUCACUAUUAAAGUAAAAAAGACCGUCAAACAGAAGGUGCCCAUUGAGAGUAAGUCAUGGAAGCACAGGAAGGCGACGACCUGCACCGUCUGUGAGGAAAACUGUCAUGAGUUUGACUGCUGGUGGGUUUCUAAUCCCAGCAAAUGUGAAGUUAUGAAAGACGGCUACUGUACCGUGUGCACGAGGAAGUGUCACCACAGCAAACACGUCAAAGACAACAAGAAAUAUGUCAUCAGAAACUCCAGUAUAAGUUUACCGUUUGACAACUUGAUGAAGGAUUAUGAAAAAGCUGAAGAAAAGUUCAAGAAGUUUACGACUAUAAAAGAUAGACUUGUCAAAGACCUGCAGGAGAUUGAGGAUCAGAAGUCAAUUCUCCUGUUUAAUGCUUACAGGACCAUCAAGAACUUGUCUGAGAUCGCAUUAAAACCAGACUCUGCCUUCACUCUUCAGCACCUGGACUUCUUCAUCCCCAGAGUGAGAGAAGCUGGGAAAGAAAACUGGGCCCGAGAGCUGGAGGAGAUGAGGAGAAACGCAGAAGCAGAAGAAGCCAAUAAAGACGCUCUGAGUUAUCUUCAGGCAGGUCUGGCAAAACUAGAUCUCUUUUUCAGUGGGCAAUAAACAGACAAGACAACAGAUAAAUCAAUCAGCAUGAACAAAAGUAUUUUCAAUAAAUCAGUAAAUCAAGUAGCUGUGUGUAGAUCUGAAGACAAUAACAUUCAUUUAACCAUACUGUCAAAUUAAUUUUUUUUUUUCUUUCUGUUCAAUGUACUGUAAUUACACUCUAAAUUAGUUUUAGUGAAUUAGUAUUUCUGAGUAUGAGGUGGUAACUUGGCACAAAUGAAAAUAUCACAAGCACUUGUGUUAAUCUCUUGUACAUUUUACUUUAAGCAAUUGCAAUCGAUUUAAAACUAUCCCGUCUUUGCAGUUUUUGUUAUGCCUCUGUCUGCUUGUCUGUCUCUCUGUAUAGUCCUUGUCUUUUGUUAAAUAAAAUUCAUACAAGAUA